CCUGGCUAUCGCGGGCCAGUGGCUUCGGGUCCGUCCGGGUGCGGUCGCUGCGCUGUCCCGCUGGCGCCAUGUCGUUCUGCAGCUUCUCUGGGGGCGAGAUUUUCCAGAAUCACUUUGAACCGGGUGUCUAUGUGUGUGCCAAGUGUGGCUACGAGCUCUUCUCCAGCUGCUCGAAGUACGCACACUCAUCCCCAUGGCCCGCCUUCACGGAGACCAUUCACGCCGAUAGCGUGGCCAAGCGUCCAGAGCGCAACUCUCCUAACGCCCUAAAGGUGUGCUGUGGCAGGUGUGGGAACGGGCUAGGCCAUGAGUUCCUGAAUGAUGGCCCCAAGCCGGGGCAGUCCCGCUUCUGAAUAUUUAGCAGCUCGCUGAAGUUCAUCCCGAAAGGCAAAGGAACUUCUGGCCCUCAGGAACCGUAGGCACACAGCACAUACCCAUUCCGGCUGGACACUGCCCUGUGGUCACGCUCCGGCCAUCCCACCUUGGGAUUGGAACCCCAGACGUUCAGACAGGGGAGGGGGCUGGCUGAAGCCUCAGUAGGUCUUGGCCCUGUGCAGGUUGUCUUUGGGAAGAGCACUGGGCUGCCACGGUGGCCAUAGCCUGCUGCUGGGCUGGGCUGGAGGACCCCGCUGUGGGCUCGCCUUAGCCUCCUACUCAUACGGGAGUCUCAGAGAGGUGGGCUCUAAGCCUAGCUUGCCCUUGAAUGACGGCACACCCCACCUUCUCUUCUCCGCAGCCCAUUGCCCUCUCCCUGCCUGUCUGGACUCACCUCUGUGGGACCCAAUUCUGAGAUGGGCUCUGGCUCUCGCCAAAGCUCGCGUCCCUCUCCCCCAGGCCAUGCGGGGAGAUGGAAUGCAGAGGGAGGCGGCCCUUGCCAGCUGCCCCAGCUCCGGUCACUACAUGAUUCACUCUGGUUAAACCCGUCCAGGCAGCCAGAGUGGUGAUGACCCGUGACCUGCUGGGGAGUGGGCCCAGGGGACGGGCCUCUGGCCUCUCAGUUUUAAGAGGAGAAGUCCCCCACCCCGUUCUGCAUCCGGGUGGGUGCCCCUUGCCUCACUCCGCCUUAGGAAAGUGGCUGUUGCCCCAUUACCUUGAUUGUGCAAGGCUAGGGCUGGGAGCUCGGAGGCUGGGGCUCACGCC